AUGGAUCCUAAUGAUCCUACAUCGUUGCUGAAGUCUAUUCGUAUGGAGCUUCCUAUUUUUAAUGGAGCGGAUCCAAAUGGCUGGAUCUUUCGUAUGGAGUUGUAUUUUGGCUUACAUCAAGUACUGGAAACCAUUAAGGAUCUGCGUGGGGUCCUUUCGAAGUUAACACAAGAUGGGACAUUAAGUGAAUACAUCAGGAACUUUGAGGCUUUGAUUAAUCAAGUCACUGAGUUCUCUGAUGAAGUGUCAAUGUGUUUCUUCGUAUCUGGUUUGUUGCCUGAAUUACGAAGAGCUAUUCAACUUUACUCUCCAACAUCGCUCCAUCAAGCAAUGCAACUGGCGAUUACUUAUGGUGCACAUUUUAUGGAACUGCGCUCUUCAUUUUCAUCUCCAGGUAUCAAGAAGGAUUUUGUUAAGAAUACCUAUAAUGUGGAGCAACCAAAUCUCAUUGCUACUAUUCUGCCAAACCAGAAACCUGUGGUUCCUACUCUACCUUCAUCUGUUCCUUUUAAAAAAUUGUCUCAUGAAGAAUUACAAAAGAAAAGAGACUUGGGGAUUUGUUACAGUUGCGAUGAAAAGUGGACCUCCCGUCAUCGGUGUAAGGGCAAGCUUUUUUUGAUGUUAGGGGAUUCAGAGGAUUUAGCAAGUGAUGCAGAAGAACAAAUUGUUUGGCAACCUGAACCUACUCAAGAGGAGUCUCAUGAAGUUGUGUUGCAUCUGCUAGCAGGGGAACAAAAUCCCAGGGCACUUCAGUUUCGUGUGGAGUUCAAAGGAAGGUUAGUUUCUGUUCUUGUGGAUUGUAGUAGUUCUCAUUGCUUUAUCCAAAAGAGAUUAGUAGAGGCUGAAUUAGCCAAUUUGGGAGUCAUUUUGGGAAUUUCAUGGUUAAGUGCACUUGGAAGAGUUAUCCAUGAUUAUGCUGAGAUAUCUAUGAAGUUCAUGUCCAAGGAUGGGAGGUUGCCACAAGGGUUGCCACCACCUAGAGGUUGUGAUCAUGCUAUCCAUUUGGUAGAGGGGGCUAAGCCUGUUAAUGUGAGGCCAUAUAGAUAUACACACCACCAGAAGGGGAAGAUAGAGAAACAGGUUUCAGAAUUAUUGGCUUUGGGUUUUAUCAAGGAGAGUAGGAGCCCAUUCUCUUCACCAGUCUUGCUUGUAAAAAAGCAAGAUAAUUCUUGGCGAAUGUGUAUUGAUUACCGGGCUUUGAACAUCAUCACAAUCAAAGAUCGUUUUCCAAUUCCCACAAUAGAUGAACUUCUCGAUGAACUCAAGGGAGCUAAGGUCUUUUCCAAGUUAGAUUUGCAGAGUGGUUACCAUCAAAUCCUCUUGGUGCCUGAAAAAACAUCAAAAACUGCUUUUAGGACUCAUGAAGGGCAUUAUGAGUUUUUAGUGAUGUCAUUUGGCUUAACCAUUGCUCCCUCAACCUUUCAAGCAGCCAUGAACCACAUGUUUCGGCCUUACCUUCGAAGAUUCAUUAUAGUAUUCUUUGAUGAUAUCCUAAUUUACAGUGGAUCUAUCAAGGAGCACUAUAAGCAUCUCACAGUUACUUUGAGCUAUUUGCAAGAGAAUCAGUUCAUGGUUAAGCUCAGUAAAUGUGGUUUUGCAUUGGCUGGAAUCGAUUACCUUGGUCACUUGGUAUCAGGGGUUGGAGUAAAGGCUGACCCUAAGAAGAUUUUUGUAAUGAUACAGUGGCCACAACCGAAAAAUGUGAAGCAAUUAAGAGGUUUUACUAGUCUCAAAGGGUACUAUAGACGGUUUAUCAGGAAUUAUGCUGCAAUUGCCUCACCUUUGACUGAUAUGUUGAAAUCUGAAUCCUUCCAUUCAAGUGGAGAGGCUAAGAAAUCGUUUGAGGAUUUAAAGGAAAUAAUGUCUAGGACACUAGUGAUGAUUUUACCUGACUUCACCAAGCCCUUUAUAGUGGAAACAAAUGCCUUAUCUUUAGGCAUAAGGGAUGUCCUUCAACAACAAAAUCGUCUCAUUGCUUUCUUUAGCAAAAAGCUUGGUCCAAGAAAGCAUGUGGCCUCUACUUAUGUCAAAGAAUUGUAUGCAGUGACAGAAGCCGUAAAGAAAUGGCAUCACUACUUGUUGGGGUCCAAAUUUUUUAUACCCACUGAUCACAGAAGCUCCUCAACCAAACGAUUCAGAUGGUUGAGCAAAAAUAAAUAUGCUUGUAAAUUUAUGGGGUUUGAUUUCACCAUUGAAUACAAACCUGAUUCAGCUAACAUUGUUGCAGAUUCUUUAUCAAGGUGUAUGGAGGAUGAGCAGACAGAAAGAGUCUUUGAGGAUUUAAGUAUGGAAUUCAUUACUGGAUUACCAAAUUCUAAGGGAUUUAAUGUCAUCUUGGUAUUGGUCGAUCAUUUGACAAAAUUUGCACACUUUGGUGCUCUAGCUCAUCCAUAUACUGUUGAGAAAGUGGCUUCUUUAUUUUUUGAAAUGGUGGUGGAAUUACAUGGUGGCACAACCUUAAGGACAAGCACAGCUUACCAUCCUCAAUCGGAUGGGCAAACUGAGGUCACCAAUCGAUAUUUGGAACAAUAUAUUAGAGCAUUCUAUCACGAUGAAAAUCACAGAAUGAAGGCACAAGCUGAUAAGCAUAGGAGGGAUGCUUCUUUUACUGUUGGUGAUUUGGUUUUAGUAAAAUUACAGCCAUUUAGACAAAUCACAUUGUCGAAUCGCAGAAAUCAGAAGCUGGCCAAGAGGGGAGAUGGAUCUACUGUAGCUUUGCCUUUACCAGACAACAAUAGUGAAAAUUGUCCAAUUCAGCGUCCUUUGGCUGCCUUAAUAUCAAACCUUGAGGACAAGGUUUCUGUUGUAGCAGGGGCGAAUGUUAAGAUUACUGAUAACAGGCCCAAGCUAAAGAGAAUGGUUGGGGGCCCUUCGUGGGCCAAAGAUUACAUUAGUGAGGCAUAG